UCGCCAUGGCAACAGACAAAAUAACGGCAGCGGAGACAGGGGGAGUUAUCAAAAGUGACAGCAACAGUCUGCCAGUGUCCAAGGAGACAUCUCAGAACGAGAUCAACAGCCUGACACAGGACGACAUGGGGUCACAAGGGUCAGGCAGUGGAGUUUACUGCCAGAUCAAAAGCAUUCGGACAAACCCCAAGGACACAAGAGGUAAAAGGACAGCUCGGUACACAAAUGGCAGUGUAGUAGCAUCUGAUGUGUUGGGAGGGGUUUGUACUGAGGCCACUGAAAGUAAGGAACCUGCCCGUGAGAGGAGGAGGGUGCAAUCACUGCGUGGGGAGGGCCAUCGUUCAGUAUUAAAGACGGGGAGCGUUUGUACAGCUGUGCACGCCACCCCACCUCGUCCCUGUCGGGUGAUGACGACUUCCCCGCCUCGCCUCUGUGGGACUUGUGGGAGGAGACGAUCACAGAUUACACCGUGCACAGGCGCAUGUCGCAGGAGGGCUGUCAAUCAAAUAACAGCCAGCCAGACUUUACCUAAUCCGCCGAGGAAACCAUCUGUGGCCCCCAGCCAGUCAAGAAAAGACUCAGCUCUGGACUCUCAGACGUACACCAAAAACACAGACACAGCAAACUCCUCCACACAAGCAUCAGUAAAAACGUCUCAAAUACCACAGCUGUCGCACACUAUACCAAAAACACACAGCUCACAUUCCAACCACACAUCAUACAGUCAGAACAAAACUAAAGAGUCAAAGCAGCAGACGCGGCCGCAUUCUGCAGACUUUACUCAUUACAAGGACUCAGCCACACAAACAACAGACACACACAUACACAACAACACAGACAGGACCACAGCAACCACACAUACACAACGACCACACACACCAUCAGCAGAGGCGACGGAACCACAUUCGACUGACAAACAGAAGCAUGAUAUGGGUAAAAUCCAGCACGCUGAUGAACACCCACACCAACACACGACAGUCCGUAUCACUUCUAUAACUCAAGCUUCUCCCCUUAACAGUGACUCAAAACCUGCCAACACCCCACCUCUCCCCCCAAAAAACUCUCCUAAAACCACUUGUUCCAAACCGGCCACACCUGUAGCGCAAACCAAAAACACCCAGGAGACUACAAAUAUUCCCAAACAAACAUCCUCAGCUCGGAUCAAACUCAAGGACUACUCAAAACAGAAAAGCAAAUCAUUUGAUGACCACACACUGCCUUGUAAAACACAUAUGAAAGCACAAUGUAACGGGGCUCCAGGAGGAUUGAUGGGUGGACACGCAGGGAACGCUCCGCAUGGACUGGAGAGGCAGUUGCAGAGUGUGGAGGAGAACCUAGUGUCCAAUCAGGAGAAGAUCAAGGUGCUUCUCAACGUCAUUCAAGACCUGGAGAAGAGCAAGGCCCUCAGCGAAGGUCGCAGCUCAUACAGAACUGGUCAGGACAUUAACAACUGCCCCACCUGCCAAAAGACAGCCUGCAUCAUCUACAGUGUGGAGCAUGAUUUCCGACAGCAGGAGGGACGCUUCCAGGGAGUUAUGGAGGCCCUGGAGGGGGAGUAUGAUGUGCCUGCGCCCAUUCUGACCAAGCCCACGCCAGCUCCUUCCUCCUCCAGCCGCCCGGGUACCAAGGCCCGUGUCAAGAAGCUCCGUAAGAAGUGCUUCUGGUGGCUCUAAGCAUUUGGAAAAACAGCCUUUCUGGGAAGAAGGUGUGGAUUAUCUUUUUGGGGGACCCAAAAAGUAAAGCAUCUCUCUCAUGGUCAUGUGAGUGUAUAGUGUGUCAUUAAAAUCAUGGGGGACAGUUUUCUAAGCACCAUCCCUGUAAAUGGCACUUUUUCCCACAGCAAUCCAGUCUGAGUUCUGACAGAAUACACCAGGGAUCAGGCAGGAAAAGAGGAAAUGCACUAAAGAAGGAAAAUGAGAGCCAAAGGAGCUGUUGAACUUUCCUCUUAGAUGUGUCUGAGAGGGAGAUUGAGGAAGAGGUCGUCCCGAUCUUCUCUCUUACUGAGGAAGCCAGACUGUAGCGGCUAAGAAGAAGAGGAUAUUGUUUUCCCAUAACAACUCUGUAACAAAGUGAAUGAGCGUUGACAGUUUGGAUGACAGACAGGCACACUGUUACUAUAACUUGGCUGACUGGCUGUCUAGACAGAUGGAUAGACGCAUGAAUGGAUUUCUGCCAAGAUGGAUUCACGCCUACAGCUGGGAAUGAAUCUUCACAACAAUUUUGGCUAAAUUACAGCAAUAAGGAGGAGAAAUGGAACAAUUUGGAAUACAGUGUAUUCAGAUUCAAAUCCAAAUGUAGCAGGAACUGAGGCAUUAAGAAGAUGUGAGUGGAAAACAAGCUGACGAGCUUUCUGGAAACAAAGAGACAGCAGCGCUGAAUGGAUAUCAGGGUUUAGAGGGCCCAGUGGAGAUUGUAUUAAGAAUACAUUAAGAGACAAUGUGAUAGGCAGCUGAUCAAAGACUGACAGGCCGCGUCAGAUAAUUAAAAAUUCUGUCAGCACUGACUGACAGAGUGAUUGAUUCUCUCCUUUAUUACCAUCCAAAAUGGAAGUGUUUUGCUGUAAUCUCAAUCUUGUUUCAAGGAUUUUCACACAGACACAUGCAUACAAAUAUAUGCACAGAGGCACACACACUUGCAGGCUCACAGAAACACAAGCAAGUAUUCCCACUCACACACACACAAACAGUGCACAUUCAGUACAUAUGUGAACCAGUGCAAACUAGGGGUAGACCAGUUAUCAGUUCACUGUUAAUGAUUGGACUGCACUUAUGCUGUAUCACUGUAUCGAUAUUUGCAAAAUCAGAGUCAAUAAUGCACCAAUGAAAUCUGUUUGAAUUACAGUGAAACUGGCAUCUGAUGUCUGGAGAUUUUCCAAAUUCAACUUUGCACAAAUUGGGCAGAGCAACGCUCCAUUGACAUGCUACAAAGUGAAGAACCCGCAGCCAUCAGCUUUCAUGUAAUUAAGUACCCACCAACUGUGACUGUUUACACUUUCACAGUGAACACAGACAGAAAGUUAACUACUGUAUUAAACAGAAAAACCAAAACAAAUCCAAUCUUUUCCUUACUCCCCAAUAACAAACAUUAUCUUGUUAAUAUAAAAUAUAUUGAAGGUAAUUUUCAUAGCUAUAUACAGCACUUGUUCUGUGGCAUUCAGGCAAUGCUGUCAUUGCAAGCUGGUUCAUCAAGCUACAACAAAGCAACAAAAAUCAAUGACAUACCCUGCAGGUUGACGCAUCUAAUCAAAAUGUACAAAAGCUCAGUAUACUUCAACAGUCAAGGUCUGCUAUCCCAUUUAAAAGUUAAAUUUCAAUCAAUAAACAACGUCUUUGAAAAAUUAUAACACAAUAAGCAGUAAAAAAUGGUAUUUUAUAACAAACUAUAUAUUGGCAGACAUGACUGUUGUCAGAAAUUAGUACUCAAAAAUCUGUAUAAAUCCUGCAUGGGUCUAUUUCUGUUGCAAACAAAUACCCACAACACUAUUUUGCAUACACAGAGACACACACCAGUGCUUACUUCACAGCAGUUUAGAGCCUGACCACUAAUCUCACAAGGGCCUACUUCAGCUGCUUCUAGCUGACAAGUUGCCACCAAUUAGAAUCUAGGAUGACACUACACUUACUAAUUAACCUAUCUAUAUCCAAAAUACCCUGUCCCUGCAUUUUUAU